AUGCCCUGUCUACCGCAGGGAAUCAACGAUCGCCUGAUGAGCCUCCGCCUGCCUCUCUGGGGAGGCAAAUUCGCCACCAUCAUCAACGCCUACGCUCCGACGAUGACCAACCCCGACGCCGUCAGAGACAAAUUCUACGAGGACCUGCACGCCCUCUUGGCGACUGUGUCGAAGGCGGACAAGUUGAUUGUCCUUGGCGACUUCAACGCCCGCGUCGGCACCGACCAUACUGCCUGGACGGGAGUGCUGGGUCCUCACGGUCUCCGCGGCUCCAACGACAACGGCCUGCUUCUCCUCCGCACCUGCGCAGAGCACCGCCUCACCCUGACGAAUACCUUCUUCUGUCUGCCGGAGCGAGAGAAGGCCACCUGCAGGCAUCCUCGGUCGCGUCAGUGGCACCUGCUGGACUAUGUCCUCGUUCGGAGGCGAGAUCAGCGGGACGUGCUGGUGACGAAGGCGAUCGCGGGUGCUGACGGGUGGACCGACCAUCGCCUCGUCAUCUCGAAGAUGCGUAUUCGCCUACAGCCUCGCAGGAGACCACAAGGUAAGCGACCCCCAGGUAAGCUGAAUGUUGCUUUGUUGUCUUUGCCUGCUCACCGUCUCCACUUUAGCAAUGAGCUAGCUCAACGGCUAGACAAUUUUCCUAUCGCUGCCGCCGCCGACGAUGCCGCCAUCGCUGCCGAGAACACCUCCGUGGAGAACCGCUGGUGUCAACUGCGAGACACGGUCCAGUCGACGGCGCUCGCCGUCCUCGGUCGCGCUCCCCGCCAACACCAGGACUGGUUCGACGGCAACGACGCUGCCAUCAGAAAUCUGCUUGCUGAGAAGAACCGCCUACACAAAGCCUACGUACAUCACCCCACUGAGGACAAGAAAGCUGCCUUCUACCGCAGUCGCCGCCACCUCCAGCAGCGAAAGCGCGAGAUGCAGGACGCCUGGACUGCUCGCAAAGCUGAGGAGAUCCAAGGGUACGCGGACCGGAACGAAUGGAAGAACUUCUUCUCCGCGAUCAAAGCUGUCUACGGUCCGCCGACGAAGGGCGCUGCUCCUCUCCUCAGCGCCGACGGCAGUACUCUCCUGACUGAGAAGACGCAAAUCCUUCAGCGAUGGGCCGAGCAUUUCCGAGGCGUCCUCAACCGUCCUUCCGUCAUCUUCGACGCCGCCAUCGCCCGCUUGCCGCAAGUGGCGACCAACGCGGACCUCGACCUCCCGCCAUCUCUCCAGGAAACGAUCAGGGCCGUGCUGCAGCUCUCCAGCGGGAAAGCACCCGGAUCGGACGCAAUCCCUGCUGAGGUCUACAAGCACGGAGGUCCCCUACUGAUGGAUCACCUGACUGCGCUCUUCCAGGAGAUGUGGCGUCAAGGUGAAGUCCCGCAAGAUUUCAAGGACGCAAAUAUCGUGCACCUAUACAAGCGCAAAGGGAAUCGCCAAGUCUGCGACAACCACCGCGGCAUCUCCCUGAUGAACAUCGUCGGGAAGAUCUUCGCUCGCAUCCUGCUCAACCGCCUCAACAACCAUCUGGAACAGGGCCUUCUGCCGGAAAGCCAAUGCGGCUUCCGUCAUCAUCGUGGGACUACGGAUAUGAUCUUCGCCGCCCGUCAACUUCAGGAGAAGUGCCAGGAGAUGCGGACCCACCUGUACUCUACCUUCGUGGACCUGACGAAAGCCUUCGACACGGUGAAUCGUGAAGGACUGUGGAAGAUCAUGCAGAAAUUCGGCUGUCCGGAGCGAUUCACUCAGAUGGUGCGUCAGCUGCACGACGGUAUGAUGGCGCGAGUCACGGACAACGGAGCUGUCUCAGAGGCAUUCGCAGUGACCAACGGAGUGAAGCAGGGCUGUGUGCUGGCGCCUACCCUCUUCAGUCUCAUGUUCUCUGCCAUGCUGAUGGACACCUACCGCGACGAACGCCCCGGGAUUCGCAUCGCCUACAGGACGGACGGUCACCUGCUGAAUCAACGGCGGAUGCACUUCCAAUCGCGCGUAUCCACAACCACCGUGCUCGAACUCCUCUUCGCCGACGACUGCGCCCUGAACACUACCUCGGAAGAGGAGAUGCAACGCAGCAUGGACCUAUUCUCCGCCGCCUGCGAGAACUUUGGGCUGGUCAUUAACACGCAGAAGACGGUGGUGACGCACCAAACGCCGCCCAACUCAGCCACAGCCCCCAACGCGCCGCCGCAAAUCAGCGUGAACGGAAAUCAACUGCACGUGGUAGAGAACAUCCCGUACCUGGACAGUACCCUCUCACGCAACACCAAGAUUGACGUCGAAGUCGCCAACAGAAUCUCGAAAGCCAGUCAAGCCUUCGGUCGCCUCCGAAGCACAGUUUGGUAUCGCCACGGUCUCCAAAUGAGCACGAAGUUGAAGAUGUACAAGGCCGUUAUCCUGCCGACCCUACUGUACGAAGCAGAGACCCGGACGGUGUACACGAGGCAGGCACGUCGACUAAACCAAUUCCACCUCGGCUGUCUCCGCCGCAUUCUGAGGAUGAACUGGCAGGACCGCAUCCCCGACACCGAAGUACUGGAACGGACGGGAAUUCUGAGCAUCUACUCCAUGUUGAGACAAAUGCAGCUGCGCUGGAGCGGCCACCUGGUGCGCAUGGACGACGAUCGUCUACCCAAACAACUCUUCUACGGAGACGUCGCGGUGGGUUCUCGUCGUCAAGGAGGCCAGAUUCGCCGUUACAAGGAUACCCUGAAGUCCUCCCUGAAGCUACUGCAAAUCAACCAGACCAACUGGGAAUAG